AUGAAAGCCACAGCCGUGUCUGCGUUGGCGGCAGCCAUUUUCGGGGCAUCGUCUGCUCUCGCUGGUGUGGCCAGCAAUGUCCAGGCCAGAGAGAGCAAAAUCACUCCUGUCACAGUCAAGGGGAAUGCAUUCUGGCAGGGAAACAAGCGUUUUUAUAUACGCGGAGUCGAUUAUCAACCAGGAGGAGCUUCCAAGGUCAAGGAUCCCAUCGCUGAUCCUGAGGUAUGCAAACGAGACAUCGCCAAAUUCAAGGAGCUGGGCCUGAACACUAUCCGCAUUUACACUGUCGACAACAGCAAGGACCACGACGAGUGCAUGCAGGCUCUGGCUGAUGCCGGCAUCUACCUUGUCCUCGAUGUCAACACUCCUAAGUAUUCUAUUAACCGCAUGGAACCCGAGAUUUCCUACAAUGACGUAUACCUCCAGAACGUCUUUGCUACCGUCGCAAUGUUCGCGAAAUAUGACAACACUCUAGCUUUCUUCUCCGGAAACGAGGUUAUCAACGAUGGGCCUACCUCUAAAACCGCCCCUUACGUCAAAGCAGUCACUCGUGAUAUUCGCCAAUUUAUCCGUAAGCAGGGCUUGAGAGAAGUCCCUGUUGGCUACUCUGCGGCUGAUGUCGACUCCAACCGUCUCCAGAUGGCGCAGUACAUGAACUGCGGUCCUGAUGACGAGCGCAGCGAUUUCUUUGCUUUCAACGAUUACUCCUGGUGUGACCCAUCCACCUUCGAGAAGGCCGGCUGGGACAAAAAAGUCGAGCUGUUCUCCGGGUAUGGACUGCCCCUUUUCCUCUCGGAGUACGGCUGUAACACGAACACACGCGAGUGGAACGAAGUGAAGGCUCUGUACUCCGAGAAAAUGACCAGCGUCUACUCUGGUGGUCUCGCCUAUGAAUAUUCCCAGGAGCCCAAUAACUAUGGUUUGGUUGAACUUAAGGACGGCAAGGUUAAGACUCGCAAAGACUUCGACACGCUGAAGAAAGCCUUCGCUGCCACCAAGAACCCAGCCGGUGACGGUGGAUAUAAUGAGGCCGGUGGAGCCAGCCCAUGCCCCAAGAAGAACGCUCCCAGCUGGGAUGUUGAUGGUGAUAAACUGCCUGCCAUCCCUGAGCCGGCAAAGGUAUAUGUCAUGAAAGGCGCUGGAAAAGGUCCUGGCCUAGGCGGUUCUGGUAGCCAAAACGCUGGCACCGGAUCAUCUGGCUCGGCUGAACCAGGUUCUGGUGCUUUAGACGGCAAGACUGGCAAAGGGGGUUCCGGGGGGCAAGGAAACGGUGCUGUUGGCUUACACCCCGGAUAUGCCGUCGUGUCGAUGUCGAUGGUCACUGCGGCUUUCUUCCUGAUGAACUAG